AGUUUGUGGAAAUGCUGCGGGUUUUCUUUUCUCUCGCUCUUAAAUUAGUGCCGAAGAAAAUACUGGAUUUAAUAAUGUAACUGCACAUUUUGAAAUGUCAGUGGUGACAGUUGUGGUUAUUUCGUUAACGUUUUAGAAUCGGCGUCCGUAAGCAGGUUAACAUACCCAAACACCUAAUUCGUGCAUUUUCAUUUCAUUUGAUUAAUACUGUCAGCCUCAUUCAGGGGCUGUAACAGGAAUGGAAAAAACGAAACUGAACAGCAAAAUAAGCAGUACAGGACAUAUUGAAAACCAUAGUUAUACAUUAGUUAAAGAAAAAAAAAUCAUCUCGUGAAAUGCACACAUAAACAAAACAAAAAUGCAUCACUCAGAAAUCAGAACAGCCAUCUUAUGCAGCAGCAAUCUGACCUCAUCGCCCUGUGCUAGUGCCAUAUAUGAAAUUAUCUAAGUGGCGUAGAAAUUCAGCUAAUGAUGUCGACCGAACACCAGAGGCAAUGGGAAUAAUGUUGGACUGACAACCUCUAACAGUUACAUACUGUUCAUGAGAGGAUAUAUACGCAGAAAACCACUGUCUACAUUACAGAUUGUAUCAUUUGCAACUGGUACAAAAAGCAUACCUACAGGCCUUGCUUGCAGACUAGGCAACCAGGUGAUUGACAACCAUGCAGAAGUGUUAGCCCGAAGGUGCUUUCUCAGGUUUGCUUACUCUGAACUUCUGAAGUUGGCAUGUGGUGAAGAUUCAUCUGUUUUUGAAACCACAGGCUCCUCUGUAUUUGAAUGUCGGUUGAAACCAGGCCUGAGGAUUCACUUCUUCUCAAGUCAUACUCCAUGUGGUGAUGCCUCCAUCUUCCCCAAAAAUGGGGAUGUGUUAUCUCUAGCUCCAGUUGAAGAUACGGAAAAUGAUGCAACCGCUUCAAAACGACCCAGAUUGGACCCUGAGGACAUAUAUAGGACUGGUGCCAAGUGUGUGCCAGGUACAGCCCAGGACAAGAAGCUGCCUGGUGUAGACUACCACCAACUGGGUGUGGCCCGGACCAAGCCUGGCAGAGGCGCUACAUCGCUCUCCAUGUCAUGUAGUGAUAAAAUGGCCAAAUGGCACAGCUGUGGCCUUGAGGGGGCACUGCUGUCUCAUUUUCUUGCAGGCGAAGAACCACUGCGUUUGUCCUCGGUGAUUGUUGCAGGGUGCCCAUACAGUGAAGAUGCCAUGAAGCGAGCACUUCAUGAGAGGCUCUCAGUUUCAGACGAUAUCCCACCCAUUGAGUUUCACUACAGCACGAAAAUGUUUUGCCAUUCUCGCCUUAAAGCUGUUGAAAACAACGCUGAUUCUGCUGUGCCAUGUGCUUCAAGUAUCAUGUGGUGGCUGGGAUCAGACAAGGCAGUUUAUGUUGGAGUCAAUGGCUACAAGCAAGGAAUUACUCGCAAGAACCUCUGCAAACCAGUGGCUAGGCUGCCAGUUUGUAGAAGAGAACUGUUUGGGCUGUUCCACAAGCUGAUGCAUGAAAUCUCACCAGACAGGCUGCCCAACAUUCUCAGGGAAGACGACCUGCGAACUUACGCGCAGUUCAAGCAGGCUGCAAAAGUCUAUCAGAACAGGAAGGUAGACUUUCACGCCCGCCUGCCUGGAUGGACCGACAAAUCUCCAGACUUACAAAACUUCACAAUCGCAGAAAGUGUGUGACUCUCAGCGGCGUGCGACGACACUGAUCACGUGCGGUGCAGGAAACAUGCUAUUAAAAGAACUUUCUGCUACUUUCGUUGGACCGUGUGCGCGCACACGAGCGCAUCUGCGUCUAACCAAUGCAGAUGUAGGGGACCUAUAUGUAGAAUCAGAGAAUCAGGGGACGUAUUUUGUAACGAUCCGCUUCAUUUUACAGUCUUGUAAUCUGUCGUGCCGAGUGGCAAGGCGUUGUUCGAGCAAGCAGGGCGUUCCAGAAAUAGGGGCCCCAAGUUAGGAGACGAUGUCGUUUUCGAAAGAUGAAACGCCAACAGAGACAGCACACUAAGAUGCUAUCGGCCGGCCGAUAGCGUAAAAAAAAAAAAAAAGCGAGGUGUUCAAAUUGAUUAAAAUUGAAAGUUUUGCGUGCCAGAAUCAGGAUUUGAUUGAGGGGAUUCUGGAAUAAUUUUGA